CCCGCCCAGGCCUCGCCCCCGCAGCACUGAGACCGGAGCCGCCGGCAGCUCCGGGUCCGGAACCGGGACCCCGCGCGCGGCGGCGGGUGCCGGGCGGCGAUGAAGAUCUGGAGCUCGGAGCACGUGUUCGGCCACCCAUGGGACACGGUCAUCAAGGCUGCCAUGCGGAAGUACCCGAACCCGAUGAACCCCUGCGUCGUGGGAGUGGACGUGCUGGAGCGCAGCGUGGACCGCCGCGGCCGGCUCCACAGCCACCGCCUGCUCAGCACCGAGUGGGGGCUGCCUGCCCUCGUGAGAGCGAUUUUGGGGACCAGCAGGACUUUAACAUACAUUAAAGAACAUUCUGUGGUGGACCCAGUGGAAAAGAAGAUGGAGCUUUGUUCCACCAAUGUAAGCAAUAGCCUAGAGAGAGGUGCUUGGUAUGGCUUGGUGAUGAUCACGCUCACAAACUUGGUGUCGGUGAACGAGAGGCUGGUGUACACCCCCCAUCCGAAGAACCCUGACAUGACGGUGCUCACCCAGGAAGCCAUCAUCACCGUGAAGGGGAUCAGCCUGGGGAGCUACCUGGAAGGCUUAAUGGCCAACACAAUAUCAUCCAACGCAAAGAAGGGGUGGGCUGCUAUUGAGUGGAUAAUUGAAAAUCCUGAAAGCGCUGUGAGCUAACGGGGCCUGCGCCUGCACCUCAGGAUCGACAGUGAUGCCCAAAAAAUCAAAGAGGAAAGAAAGGAAGAAAGAAAGAAGUGAGUCCUGACUACGAUCCAAGGGCCCAGUGUGGGAGAGGUGUGGACUCUGCUGGCCUCCGCCUCCCGCCUGCUCACAGCCUCCGCCAGGCUCCUCCGAGGCGACCCCAGGACAGGAAGCUCGGCCGGUGCAGAAGGAGGGUGAGACCCGAAGGAGGAAGACCUCUCACAGGAGGAGGACAGGGGCUGCUUUGUCAUCCCGAUUGCCGAGCACGGUCCUGGGAGCCGGCCCCGCCGCCCCUGCCAGCGCUGAGUCAGACGGUCCUUGUGCCUUUGUCUGUUUUCUCCUUAGCAACGGCUCCCGGCUCCUCCUUGCCAGGUCUUGGGAAAGCACUAAAUAGCUUUUCUCUUCUCAGAUCAGUGCCCGUUUCCCUCCCGAGCCUCUUAAAUAACAGUCUCCACCACCAUCCCUUCACACAUGUCUGGUUGCCAUCUGCCACUUCAGAUGGUGUUGCCAUGCACCCUCCUCCUCCCCUCAUGGCUGCACAGAUCUGCACGCGCAGAGCGGGGCCGUCCACCCGACAGUACGUGAGCCCUCCCGUCAGAGGCAGGUUGGGGAGGAGAGCAGAGCUCUGUCCUCGGCUGCGCCUGGUCUGUCCUGCCGUCCUGAGACCAGCGACCCCCGUGCUGAAGGCCCGGGUCCCUGCUCCCCGUUCAGACCUGCCUCAGGGAGAGCCACCGCUGUCCUUCAGCUUGACGACGCUUCCCACAUUGGGAGUUUUCAUUUUCCCAUUUUCAGAAGUAAAAUGUGCAGUCUCUUUCAAUAUCUUUCAAAUUAUAAAACCUUUAGAAAGGCCUUCUCCAUGAAGGAUGGGCAGAACUGUGUUUUAUUAGGUAAUGCUUUUUGUUUGAUAAUAGUACUUCCAAUCCAACAUUAAAUUAUUGUUAUUUUAUUAGACUGCUUUUUGCAUAUAGCUUAAGGCAAAAUAGAGUUUUUAUGACAAAAACCAACACUCAUACCCCUUCUGCACGGCAAGGUUUGCCCCUUCUGAGAGGACUCUGAACUGUUGGCUGUUUCUGCCAUUUACUGCUAGAUUUCUAAAUAUAUAGGCCUAUUCUGCUUUUUUUGGGGGGGGGGGAUUCAGUAAUUUUAGAUGCAGCCUGUUGACUUCCCGUGGUGGUGGAUUAUUAUUUUCUCUCUCUUACAGCUUCUCUCCCUCCCCCACUUCCCCAAUACAGCUGUGUUUUAAUUUAUGGUUUAAAAGCACAUUCAGAAAUACCAACAUUUUGAAAAUACAUUUUUUUUUUUUUUUUACCAAGCCAAAUGUAAAUACCAGAAUUAUGUUUUCUUACCUAAGUUUUUUCUCUGGAAGGUAAACUAAUCUCAUUCUCUUCAUCUAUUUAUUUCUUAAAAGCCUGGCUGAGCCCUUUACACUCUGCAAUACCCCGCCACAUCGCUGCCCAAAGGCGAUCCCUCUCCCGGUUCCCUGGCGCUGCCGCCCCGGGGCCUGGCCUCGCUCUCCCGGGGCCCAGCAGCCGCAGGGCUGUCUUCACUCCCCGCCCUUCCUUGGUGCCUCCUGUCCAGGGCCCGUGCCUCCUGGAUUCCCUGCCUCUUCCCUGUCCAGUUCCCAAAGGGAAGGACAUCUUGUGGUUGCACCGAGGACUUAGCACAUCUGAAAAUGUCUCUUCUGUUCUCACCCUUUGCUUAUGAUUCCAGAUAAAAAAUGUUUUCACUGGAAGGGUAUAGGCAUUGCUUUAUUGUUUUACACUCUGGUGCUUGAUCUCCGCCUGGGGCUUUUUUCCUCUCAAAGCUUUUAGGAUCUUUUUACCUCUGAUCUGGGAAAAUGCAUACUGCUAAGCCUGGUUUGAAGUGAUCUUUUAAAAGUCACUGAGCUGUAGGUGUUAAAUUCCUGGUUUUGAUAUUAUACUAUAAUUAUAUAAGAUGCUAUUAGGGGGAAGAGGGUGAAAGGUGCAUGAGGCAUUCCUAUGGCAUCUUUGAAGCUUCCUGUGGAUCUAUAAUAAUGUCAAAACUAAAAGUUAAAAAAAAAUGUAAAUAGUGACAUCACAGAAAAUGGCAGUGGUGGGUGCUCCAAGAAUCAGUCCCUCCAAUGAAACAGCCAAUAAGCUGGUGUGAUCACUUGUCAGUUUAUUUUGUUCAUUAGGUUCCACAUGAGUGAAAUCACAUGGUACCUGUCUGUCUGACUGGCUUAUUUCACUUAGCAUAAUGCUCUCCAGGUCCAUCCAUGCUGUCACAAAGGGUAAGAUUUCCUCCUUUUUACGGCUGAGUACUAUUUCAUUGUGUAAAUGUACCACAGCUUUUCUACCCACUCAUUAAUGGACGGACACUUGGACUGCUUCUAAAUCUUGGCUAUCCUAUAUAAUAAAAGCCUAAUAUGCAAAUCAGCCGAACAGUGGAAUGACCGGUCUCUAUGAUGCUCACCGACCAUCAGGGGGCAGACCCUCAAUGCAGGAAUGUUCACAGGAGAAUUCCUAGCUAAAAGGUGGAGAUAACCCAAUGUUUUUCAUCUGAUAAAUGGAUAAACUAAAUGUGGCGUAUACAUGCACUGGAAGAUUUUUUCAGCCA